AUGGCAUCGAAAGUGAUUGGAAAGUGUGAAAAGAAUUUCAUUAUUCGUUGUUUACAAGAUCGUCAAAGGUUCGAUCGUCGCCUGCCGUUUGCCACUCGCGACAUUCAAAUCGAUUUUCGAGAAGAAUAUGGAUCAGUUACUGUUUCGCUCGGUCUCACGAAAGUAUUAGCGCAAACAUCAUGUCGCAUAGUAAAACCCAAAGAAACACGACCGAGUGAAGGUCGAUUAAGAGUACAGUUGAAGAAUAGUCAUGCAAUGGUGUUCAACUUUGAAACUGGAAGACAAGCACAAUGGACAACGUUGAUGAGUCGACAAUUGCUACAAAAUAUCCGCGAAUCCGGCUGUGUUGAUAUGGAAUCAUUGUGUAUUCUUGCCCAUGAAUAUGUAUGGGAAAUCAGCGUGAAUUUGCACGUAUUAGAUUAUGAUGGAAAUAUCCUUGAUUGCGGGAACUUGGCUGCAUUAUGUGCACUAGCUCAUUUUCGUUAUCCAGCUGUGACGGUUAUCGGAACAGAUGUUCAUGUGCAUUCAAUUACUGAACGAAAUCCUCAACCAGUUCGUAUUCUACACUUUCCGAUCAUCAUAACCUUUGCUCUGUUUAAAAACGGAGAAUAUAUGUUGACCGAUGCAUGUGAAGCAGAAGAGAAAGUUAUGGAAGGUUUGUUUGCUGUGGGUAUGAAUCAACACAAAGAAUUGAGUACAUUGACAAUGCUUGGAGAGAUAUCUUUGAAUCGCACUCAGAUUCAAAAUUGUAUCUCGGUAGCACAUCAUCUUGUUAUUGACAUAACAAAACAAAUGAGAAGCGCUCUUGAGAAAAACAAAGAAGAGCAAUUAAAGAUGAUUGAAGCUAUCAAUCAUCUUGAUUUUAUAUUUGGGGAUACCAAUUGGAACUCAGCUCAUGGAGAAGUCUAUCAACUCCGUGGUGUUUUCGUUAACGGACGACCAUCACCCACUUCAGUCCUUGUAUCACCAGGUACAGUCAGUGAAAGUAAACUGCAUAUAACAACACCUUCUGCUGUUGAUCGUACACGCGAUCAUAAAUUUCGCGAUCUCGAUAUGCUAGUUUGGUGA